AUGGCUUCCAACUCAAAUGGACGCCCGAUCAGCGUUCUAUUCGUCUGCUUGGGAAAUAUCUGUCGCUCCCCAAUGGCCGAAGGAGUCUUCCGUAACAUCGCCGCCGGAAACCCCUCUAUCGGUGAGAUUGACUCCGCCGGCACCGCCGCCUACCACAGCCUCGAGCCACCUGACUCCCGCACCAUGUCUACUCUGCGCCGUCACAAGAUCGUCAACUAUGACCAUGCUGCCCGCAGAGUGACUAGAGAGGACUUCCUCACUUUCGACUACGUACUCGCGAUGGACAAGGCGAAUCUCCGCGAUUUACUGGACGCGCGCGAAUCGGUUAUUGCGACAUUGCAGAGAAAGACCGAUGCCCGACCCAGCUCUAAGAGUACGCGGUCGCAUGUAGAUGCUGCUAUCGGUGCCUACGGUGCGGACGCGAAGGUUGCAGACGUGCGAUUGUUCGGUGAUUUUGGCAAGGGCGGAAAGUUGCAUGACCGUGUCGGUGGUGGUGAGGUGGUAAAGGACCCGUACUAUGGGGGUGAUAAUGGGUUCGAGGAGGUUUAUCAACAGGUGGUGAGGUUCUCACAGGGCUUCCUGGACUACUUGGAGCAAAAGCCCAGGGCUUCCGAAUAA